UAUACUUUCUUCGUUUCACUUUUUACUGUCAGCUACAACUAUUACCCUUUAAUAUACCUUUUUUAAUCCUGUGUAUUUAAAAAUGUUCUGCAAAGUAAAAUUAUGAUGCACAAAUAUAGUGCUUGUCCAGUUGCGUUUCGACGUUGAUGUUAGUCGAUUUUUUUGAAUCUAUUAUUUUCAUUUUCUACCCGGUUUCACUCUGUGGUCUUUCUAUUGCGGCUGUUUGUUUAUAUUUUCUUUAGAUAUUUUCUUUUACAUUUUGACUUUAAUUUAAGCAAAAGAGCUUUAGACUUAGACCUUGAUAAUGGCAAAAUUGUGCUUCAAAAAGAAGAGCAAGCGUAUUUCGUGUAGGACACGCUACAAAGUAGAGAAGAAAGUACGAGAGCAUAACAGAAAACUGAGGCGUGAGGCAAAGAAAAAUCCCAAAAAAAGCAAGAAGAAAGUCGUGCAGAUCCCGAACAUGUGCCCCUUCAAGGAGGACAUCCUGAAGGAGGUGGAGGCACUGAAGCGGGAGCGGGAGGAAGAGAAGGCGCGGCUCAGGGAGGAGGCGAGGGCGCAGAGGAAGAGAGAGAAGGAGCAGCAGCAGAGCGGUGACCUGCAAGCGCUCGUGCAAGACGCGCAGACGAAGCAGGCCUUGCACGAUGUCGCCACCGCGGACGCCGGCAAGGUGGAGGCGACGUCGAAGCCCGACAGCUCCGUCAAGUCCUACUGCAAGGAGUUCAGGAAGGUGCUGGAGGCGGCAGACGUGGUCCUGGAGGUGAUCGACGCGCGGGACCCGCUCGGCACGCGCUGCAAGCAGGUGGAGGAGGCCGUGGCGCUGGCGGGCGGCAACAAGCGGCUGGUGCUCGUGCUGAACAAGUCAGACCUGGUGCCGCGCGACAACCUGCAGCUGUGGCUGAAGUACCUGCGUCGUCGCUGGCCCACCGUGCCCUUCAAGGCCAGCACGCAGCAGCAGAGCAGGCGCCUGGGGCGUCGCAAUAUGAAGAAGGCGGCGGGCAGCGCCCCCGUGCAGGGGUCCGUGUGCGUGGGCGCGGAGCUGCUCAUGUCCGUGCUGGCCAACUACUGCCGUAACAAGGGCAUCAAGACCUCCAUCACCGUGGGCGUCGUCGGUCUGCCGAAUGUCGGGAAGAGCAGCAUCAUCAACAGUCUGAAGAGGAGUCGAGCCUGCAAUGUUGGAGCCACUCCGGGAGUCACCAAGAACAUGCAAGUCGUGCAGCUGGACUCGAAGAUCAAGCUCCUGGACAGCCCGGGUGUCGUGUUUGCCCGAGCGAGCUCGGAUUGGGACAGCACGGUCGUCCUGAAGAACGCUGUGAGGGUGGGCGCUAUCGUGGACCUGAUAACACCGGCCACCGCGAUACUGCAGAGAGCGAACAAGGAGCAGCUGAUGGAGCUGUACGACCUGCCCAACUUCUCGACGCAUGAGGAGUUCCUGGCGUUCCGGGCCCGGAGGAUGGGGCAGUUCAAGAAGAGUGGCGUCCCCAACAUCCACGCUGCCGCCAGGUCUCUCAUUGAGGAUUGGAACAAAGGGAAGAUAAAGUACUACACGGUUCCCCCCGAGGACGACAGCGAGGUGCACAUCAGCGCUGCCAUCGUCGGCGAGGCGGCCGCGGAGUUCGACGUCGCGUCCUUCGAAGCGAUGGAGACGGAGAUGCUGGGGUCCCUGAAAGCGCAGCAGCCCAACGCCGAGAGCAGGAUGCUGGAGGUGUCCGCCGGGGAGAUGUUCACCGCGCGCGAGGUCCUUCACGUCGGCGGCCCCACCAAAAUAAUUCCGGACAGCGUCGAGGUGGACGCAACUGUAAGCGAGAAGAAAAAGAAGCAAAGGUGGAGGAAAAACAAAGUAAAGGGAGUCGAGAAAGACAAGAAGAUGGAGGCGCUGAUGUCUUUGGAAGGAAAUCAAAAACUGAACCAACUUAAGAAACUAGAACUCAAAAAAAUUAAGAAAGAAAAAGCAAAGAAAGUUCGCCAAGAGACGCAGUUGGCAGGGACGCUGGAGAGUUUGUCGCUGGCCAAAGGCGACAGCUACGACUUCGUGAUGGACUACACAACAUAGGUGUGCCGUUGAGUUUCACGACACACUGCCCAGGGCGGGCAAUCCAGUGAAAAUCACUCUGUUACGUUUGUGAUGUAUAAAAUUGUAAAUUUUCACCAAAAAAAAUACAAUUUCUUUAUUAUAAUUAA